AUGCCGUUCAUCAUAGCCAUCCUCCUCGUGCACUUCUGGGGCACACGCAAGAACCGCCGGCGGGCGAAGGAUUGGGCCCAGGCUCAUGCCCCUGUCCUCCAGAAGGAGUUUGCGGUGGUUGGGUUCGACGGCAUUCCCCGCGUGUCCACUGAGGGUGGUGAUUCCCUCGAUGUGGAGCUGGUGAACCCGGAGGAGGUGGUUCAGGAGAAGUCGGCGCACGAGUUCACUGCGUACGCAUCCGGCCGCCAGAACGUGGCUUUCGUCGAUGUGGCGCUCAAGAUGCCCAAGCGGUACAACCCGGUCACUUACCUGGUGGAAUACCUUUUCAGCUUCUUCUUCGAGACCUGGGAGGUGCCCAGCGAGCGGUACGAGGCUCUCUUGUAUACGUUUGAUGGCAAGGAGAAGGACCUGGUCCCCGUGGCCGCCAAUGAUUCGCUCAAGGUGCAGCCCUCGACCUACGAUGGUUUCAUCUGGGCUGUUGUCCACAAGAGCCACAUGAAGAAAUUCCGCACCGACCGCUACGAUGCCUCGAUGACCUUCACCAAGGAUAACCCCAAGCUCCCCCCGUGGGUCACGGUCAUGACCGAGAAUGCUGAGAUCAGCGAUAUCCUUCUCUCUACCGAAUUGAUCAAGGCCAUUGAGGAUGCAGGUAGUAACUUCGAGUAUCUGAUUGUGACGGACCAGCCUCUGGACAAGCCUAUCAAGUAUGAGACCGUCCCGAGGAAGCGCGUCCAGUUGUCCGUCAACCUCGCCUCAUCUGUUGCCGGCUAUGCCUCGACUUUGCCCCUGUUUACGCAGUUCCUGCGCUUUGGCGACCGCCUGGUCGCCUCAGCCCACUUCCGCGGCGAGGUGAUGCGCAAGAUCCGCAAUGCCCGCGAGGAAGAGAUCAAGAAGAUCCGCCGCCUCGAAGAGGAGGACAAGGCCGAGGAGCGCAAGAUCGCCGCGGAGAAGAUCAAGAAGGAGGAGCGGGACCGCCUGCUCCGGAGCAUGACUGCGGACGAGCAGCGCAAGUUCCUGGAUCGCGAGAGCCAGAAGGGCCAGCGGAAGUCGAUGAAGAAGUACUCCAAGAGAGGGUAG